GUUUACUGGUUCCACCAAAGCCCAUGCUUCCACCCUGAUCCAGAAACUCACUAACAUGAGGUUCACAGGGGGGAGUGUGAGAGAGCACAUUCUGAGCAUGAGCACCAUGGCAGCCAAGUUAGAGAAGCUAAAGAUGCCCCUCGCUGAUGGUUUCCUCAUUCACCUAGCUCUAAACUCACUUCCCAAAGAGUAUGAGACUUUUGUUGUUAACUACAACACACAGCCAGAGGAGUGGGAUUUAGAGAAGGUGAUUGCUAUGUGUGUGCAAGAGGAAGAAAGGCUCAAGAAUGCAAAUGGUGGUUCCGUGAACUUUGUGAAAGGAAAGAACAAGAAGCCAUUCUACAACAAGAAAGCUCCAGAUGCCUCCACCUCCCAGAACAAGGGAGGAAGCACUUCACAGCCUAAAGCACAGCCAAAGCAAGACAACCAGCACAGGCAGGAGGACCCGGAUCGCUGUAGAUGGUGUAAUGAGACAGGGCAUUGGAAGCAUGACUGCCCUAAGUUCAUGAAACAUUGCCUAGUGAAAGGGAUUCAGUGGAGGGAGAACCCUUCAAAGAGGAGAAAGACAGAUUAAGGUGGCCACUGGUGUUGAAGCUGAAGUUCAAGCUAUAGGAAAUUUAUCUCUAGAUUUAGCUAGUGGCUUCACCCUUGAGUUGCAU